AUGGAAUCUAACCUUAUUGAGAGUUUGGAAAUUCGAGCCAAAUCACUAUCUGACCACUUGGGAAACUAUAAAAGUCUUCUUUCUCAGCAUGAAAGUGUAUCUUCUACCUACCUCAAACUUCAAAGAGAAUUCGACAAUUUAUUAAUCGGUGGAAUAGACUCCAGCCUUGUCCAAAAAGUCCAAAAUCUCACCCCUCUGCUUGAUGCAUCAGACGUUAAAGGGCUCCUUGUUAAUGCGUUUGUGAGAUCUGAAUUUGUUUUGAAAUACGAAAAUGAGAUAAGGGAGUUGGCGAGGCAAAUGGAAAAAAUUGAAGCACUAAAAAGAUACCUCGACUUUGAUCCUCUGCAUAAUCUCCCAGAAAAAAGAAAAAUUCUGAUCGCAUUAGAAAAAAAAGAAUGCGAGCUCACCCUUCUCUUUGGCCAUAAGGAAAAGCAGUUGAUAUAUUUUCUUGAAGAAUAUGACCAAGUCAUCAAUGGCGUUAAUCAGCAACUAAUUGAGUGGGAAAAUAGGUUAAAUAAAUUAAGUAAGAAAAAAGACAUUUAA